AUGGGCGUAAGUAUCUGGCAGCUCGCUCAGAUUGCUGUUGUUGUAGCUACAUACGGUCUUGUUCAUCAUGGACCAAAAGAGGGCUUCUUUGCUCGAGCUGGCUACCUCGGAUGCUUUUCCAUUCUAUACUCCGCUUUUCUGUUUGCACUGGUGAUUUAUACAAGGAUAAUGAGGCCUCUUUGGCUUAGCCCUCUCACCAAGCUACCCCAGCCAAAAGGCGGAAGCUGGUGGAAUGGCCACUUUGUGAAAAUCUUCUACGCGGGGACCGGCGAGGUUGAGAGAAAAUGGAUUCAUGAGAUACCCAACGAUGGCCUCAUCUAUUAUCGUAGCAUUUUGAACACAAUGCGGAUUAUCGUGACCGCGCCAAAGACAAUCCAAGAGGUUGUCACACGCGUUGACGAUUUUAAGAAGCCGGUGUUGGCCAGAGCCGUUGCUGGAAAGAUUCUCGGUGAAGGUCUAGUUUUGUCCGAGCUCGACAAGCACCGACAACAGCGACGAGUUUUCAUGCCUAUCUUUGCGCCAAAGCACAUUCGCGAAAUGUACCCCAUCUUCUGGGGCAAGACCUGUGAAGUGACGCGAAAACUCACACAGCUUGUUACCGAGCAGUCACAGCAAUCUCAGACCAACUACGCAGUUUUCGAAGUGGGACACUGGUCAUCUCGCGCCGCUCUUGACAUUAUUGGUAUGGCCACCCUUGGCCAGGAUUUCGGCUCUGUCGAAAAAGAAGAUGCAUCCCUGGCAACAGCAUACAGAAAGACCAUCGAGCCAACCCGCGGCCACGUCGCUCUCGCGAUGCUCAAGCUCUGGUUCCCCGAGUGGCUCGUGAACAUGCUACCCAGUCAAGUCAACCGCACCCUCGACGAGUCCGUACCCGUAUUCCGUAACCUGUGCCGGGACCUUCUCCGCGAGAGACGCCAAAUGGCCGCCGAGAAGACGAACGGAGGCAAGGAUCUACUCAGCUUGUGCUUCAAAUACGAAGAUGUCGCAGCCGCAGAUGAGGAAGGUGUUAUUGAUCAAAUGACGACUUUUCUGGCUGCUGGCCAUGAAACCAUUUCUGUUGGCAUUACCUGGACACUUUACAUGCUUUGCCUGCACCCAGAAUGGCAGACCAUUCUCCGCAAAGAGGCUCGUGCUCACUUGCCCGAUCCUAAUGCCAACUAUGCCCCCGAUGAGGAGAAGCAAACUCCUAAUGCUACCAGCGCCGAUGUCGAACAGAUGCCCAUGAUGCAAGCGUUUGUUAAUGAGGUUCUGCGAUGGUACCCACCUAUCCCGCAGACCAUGCGCGAGGCUUUAGAAGACACAGUCAUUGACGGCCAGAUCGUUCCCAAGGGCACAUUGAUUGUGAUCCCCUUCAAGGGUCUCCACCGGGAUUCUAACUUCUGGGGCCCAGAUGCAAACAAGUUCAACCCCCAACGAUGGAUCAAUGCCGAUGGCACGCUUAGCCCAAACGGAGGAUGUGUCAGCAAGUUUGUCAACCUGUCCUUCAUGCAGGGCCAACGUAGCUGCAUUGCGCAGGGUUUCUCUAAAGCUGAGAUGGCGUGCCUUCUCGGUGCUUGGAUCGGCCGCUUCCAGUUUGAGCUGGUCGAUCCUACACUUCUUGAUGAGGACAAGAUGCCUAUUACUAUUGGUAGCCUGUCAUCGAAGCCGCUUAACGGCCUUGAUGUGAAGUGUUCCAUUGUGGAAGGAUGGAGAGAUUAG